AUGACUGCCUCGACACAAUCCGGCUCCAUCGACCAAGGCGCUGGAGCCGCGACCGCUCAGCACUUCUCCUUCUUUCAGCCGCCGCCGUUCGAUCCAGUCCAAUGCAUCCCGAAAAAAGAUCGAGACCAGAUCUUCGGCUUCGCAGUAUCCGAGGCCAAUGUCGUCGCCCACGAACCGCUUGCCAACGGCGGCAAUCACUGGACAUUCUAUCUCACCGUCGCCUCGAAGUCCCUCGGCUCCGACGAAAGGCGGUUGGUGCAACUUGACUGUACACCCAGCGGAAUGCCGGCUGGUGGCGGAGGCAGCGGCUCAAAAGUGAACAUCGUGGUCAGUCUCCUCGACGAUCAGAAAUUCAGCCGAGCCCAGUGUAUCUGCCGCAUGAGCAUUAGAGAGUUGGUCACAGUUGACGACUUUGUCGACGUUAUUACCAAACACGGACGGCAUAAGUACGUUUUUGAUGACAAGGGACGCGGCUGUAAGAAAUGGGUUGCCGAUCAGAUGAACUUGUUCCUCGAGACGGGAGUGUUUGUUCAGGAAUAUGACGUGAAGAAUGCGAAGAAAGAUAUGAUGUUCCAAUGGGACAACUUUCAGCGGGUUGGUGACCACUCUGACUGGGCUGUUGGGGUUUACUACCAGUGA